GUGUUGUGUGUCCCUGUCACGCUGGGGUUGCUUGUCUUCGUGCUGUUAGCCAUCAUCUUCUUGCUUGUGUUGUUUACGAUUUUUCUGUGUUGUUGGGAGGCAAGUAGACGAGGCUGUUCGUGAUCUUGUCAUGGAAGGGGGGCGGUGGACACACGACCUCGGCAGGUCAUACGACGACGGGAGAGCUCCGCCACAUGGGGCAAGGGAUGACGGUGGCAGCUUCUCGUCACAGUUGAGCCAAGGUCUGUCACAAAUCAGCCAGGACACAGGGAUGACAGCACGCGCACCUCCAUCACCUUUUCCUGUUGGUCGUUUGCCGGAAUGGUCGAAGACCCCCAUCCCCCCGAAAAGGAUGGGGUCACCAUUCCAGUCCUCAUACCCGCCACCUGCAUCGUCGUUGUCCACCCCUCAUGGAGGACAUCAGCACUUCAGCAGCCCGGCGACGCCGACGGUCGUUCCGCAGCCGCUGUCCACGCAUCCACCACGUGUCUCGGUCGUUUCCCUACCAGCAGCACUAUCAAUGGAUGGAGCAAGGGAAUCACAUGCGGAGUGGUCAUGGACGCACUCGCAUCCUGCCAUGCCAUCAACCGGUGACAAUAGCAAUGGCAUGGAUAGUCGGUGGGCAGUGUACGGGCAGAUGGCGAGUGGCCAUUGUCCGUCUAGUGAGGGAGUAUCGAGCAUGAAGCCUCACGACAAUGACGGGGGAGCAUUGCUGCAAGAUUCCGUUCGUCGACGACCGAGGACCGAAUCUCCCACCUAUCGAGACAUGCGAGACAUUACUGUGUCACCUCCCCUUAGAUCGUCGAACCUUUCUCCACGAUGUGCGGUCGACAUGGAUGGUGGUGAUGUCGACAUGGACGGUCAACAGCCGGCAAACGACAGGCCGAGCGUGGAAGACGGGACGCGAGCGCCAUUACCACGGCCAGACAGGAAGAAGCAGAUGAGGCCUUGGGUUUUGGAGGAGAAAGUAGACUUUGCUGAAUGCAUGAGGGAGGAUGACGGGCUUAUGGCAGCCGCUGAUGGCAGGCACAAAUGGAACGGAGGGAGCUCCGGUAGAGGUACAUCGGAAGGGGGAGGGACACCUCAAGGCGGAGGGACAACGCAAGCAGGGACGACAACAGCCGACGGGGCGUCAGAUGGCCGUCCUGCAUCAGCAGGGGGCGGGACAUCAGAUGGGCAAGGAACGUCGCAGGGGGCAGGAACUUCUCGAGGAGGAGGGACGGACGAAUCAGAGAGUGCACGGAAGACACGUCGCACAGGUGGUGGGAAAGGUCGGGUUGCAGGAGAGAGCGGAUCAGCGGUUUCAACCAUCGCCGAAGCAAUGCAUGUGUCGACGCGGGCGUACUGUGAAGGACUGGACAAGGCGUUGGACAAGGCCGCUGGUGUGCUCGCGAAGGCGAGCACCGAAGGAGCGAAUGUUGUCGCUGGCAGGAUAGGUGACAUGGCCACCCAGAUUGGUGAGGUGGCGACCGCCAUGCAUAAGGGAAAUGCGGUGCUGGACUGCUGGUGGGUGUCAUGGCACGACGAGGGAGCACCGACGGCGAGCGAUGAGGAGACAAUGACAGUUCGCGGCGUUGGGAACGGUACGACGCGUGUGUAUUACGCACUGGUGAACGGCUUGAUGGCCAUGUGGAUGGUGGCAUGGCUGGGCUACGACGGGGACAACAACCUCAUGGAGGUUGUUCUCCUGGUGCGGAAACUAUCCAAUGUUGUCCCCGACACGUGGCAAACGCCGAACCCGGACGUCGUGGGCGACAUGGUGAGGUACCUCAUCUCCGCCAUCGCCGAGGAACAUGUGGCGGCCAUGGAUGCGAAUGCGUCGUAUAGUGCGGAAUUGGAGCCUCCCCUUCGCGGGAGGGAGUACCUUUAUGGCGCUGUCUGGAUGUGGUGCCCGGAGGACGACAUCAGGGCCGCGCGUAACAGGUGGUGAGGUGGAGUCUUCGUACGCAGCGGCAGGCGCAUGGAUGACAUUAUUGAGGUGCCGCUAAAAUGGCCUUCCACGUGUGCAUGACGGGCGAUUAGUGGGGACCGUCGAUGGAGGGGAGGAGGGUUGAUUGGAGCGGUUCGCGGACCUCCUAUCCUGUGCAUGACAGGCAUGUGUGCCCAUGUCUUCGCAGUGCGUUGAUGGAAAUUGGGUUUGGGUUCUUCCACGUGGACGAACCGGAGAUGGGUCAAUCCUUCCUGUCAAGGAAGCAAUCAAUGCCCAUCUCCAGU